AUGGCGGGAGUGAACGGAGAUCGGAAAGGAAAGAAAGACGACAACGGCCUCGGCUCAGCCAUCGACUUCGUGCUCUCCAACGCCAAACUGGUGCUGGGGGUCGGAGGAGCCGCCAUGCUGGGCAUCGCUACACUCGCUGUGAAGAGAAUGUACGACCGAGCCCUCAGCGCUCCCUCCAGCCCCACGAAAUCCACCCAAUCAGGAAAGAGGAGCUGGGAGGAGCCGAGCUGGCUGGGGUCGUCGCCGCGGACGCUGAACCGUGACAUGAAGCAGAACGUCAGUCGGUCGCUGCAGACGCUCCCCACGUCCUCCAGCUCGUUUCAGCCCGAUUUUCCACGGAAAACAGCAGGACGUCCCAGCAGCAGCAGCAGGAGCUGCAGUAAAGCGGCGCUGCAGCGGGGGCGGAUGCGUCUGUCCCUGCAGGAGCACCUGUGGGCGUUCUAUCACGAGCGCGUGAACAUCUCGCCCGAGGAGCAGCAGGCAGCUCGACAUGCCGCCCUCGACAUCUGCGCAGAACUCCGAGCUUUCAUCCACACCAAAGUGCCAGACAUGCAGCUCCGAGACAUGUACCUCAGCGGCAGCCUCUACCACGACCUGCAGGUGGUGUCGGCGGAUCACGCUCAGCUGAUGGUUCCUCUGAUCCUGGAGAAGACUCUGUGGUCGUUUAUCCCCGGUGAGGAGACCAUCAUGAACCUUCCCGGGUUCUGGCUCGUGCGGCGCGAGAACCUGGAGUACUUCCCCCGCGGCUGCAGCUUCUGGGACCGCUGCCUGAUCGGCGGUUACCUCUCGCCGAAGAGCGUGCUGGAGGUGUUCGAGAAGCUGGUGACGGGGAGCAUGAACUGGCCGGCGAUCGGCAGCGUGCUGGGCUACGUGGUCCGUCCCGCCGUCCCGUCGCACACGGAGGCGCUCACGCUCUCUCUGGAGGUGCAGUACGACCCCGAGCGACGGCUCCACGUCGACUUCCUGCCUCUGCUCGUCUCCGAGGACGGCGCGUCCCUGAUCGGCAAGCCGCACCGCGAGCGGGAGAACCUCUGGAGGCAGAGCUUUUGGUCGGCGGAGACGACGAAGCUGCUGACUCUGGACCGAGACGAUAACGGCUGCCGCUGCGUCUGCCUGAAAAUCGCCAAAGCCGUGUGCAAACUGAACCCGGCGCUGACGCCGCUGAACGCCAGCCACCUCGCCAACGCCGUGCUCCUGCUGAGCGAGAGCGAGCGCGACUGGAGCCGCGAGGCGCUGGCCGAGCGUUUCACGCAGCUCAUCCGCGCGCUCGUGGGACACCUAGAGGCCGGGAGGCUGCCGUGCGCCCUGGACCCCAAGGUCAACCUGCUGUGCGAGCUCACGCCGCGAGAGGUCGACGAACUGGGGUACACACUGUACUGCUCGCUCUCAGACCCCGAGAGCCUGCUCAGAACUGUGUAACACACACACACACACACACACACACUACACACACUACACACACACACACACACUACACAUUACACACAUUAUACACAUUAUACACACACACAAUUAAUUACACACAAUGUAAAACUUGACAUUGCUACCAAACUAGCUCGUGCACCAAUGAAUUGAAUAAGGCGUGUGUGUGUGUGUGUGUGUGUGUGUGUGUGUGUGUGUGUGUGUGUGUGUGUGUGUGUGUGUGUGUAAAAAGCUAAAACAUUCUGCUGCUAAGAUUCAUCAGUGUUGAACAGGUCACCUCACUCACUGCUGUUUUCAUUCAUAAAGCAGUGUAAAGUGUGUGUGUGUGUGUGUGUGUGUGUGUGUUCAUUCAGUGUUGCUAAUGUAAGCGAAUGUGCUUGAGAUCAAAACCCUGCCAUUUGAUUUGACGAAUUCAACAAUUGAAAUAAAACGGCGCCGAUGUUAUAAAACGCGAGUCUCGUCCUUCACGGCGCAGUUUCCUAUAACAGCACGUCCCCGAGUGUUUUAUUCCUCUUACACCACGGCGAAUUACCAGUGAGGAAAUUUUUUAUAUAUAUCAAAGAAUGACACGGUACGUUUUAUCCAUUUAUAGUUACAUUUAAACAAGUGAGUUCCUGUUGUCGCUUAUGUUAUAGCAGCUAUAAACACUCGCUCCCUCACCAGCUUCUCUUUAUUCUCUCUGUUACCGAGAAGCAACAAGAAGCGCAAACUCCUCUGAAGAUGUCGGAAAACUUAGUUACAGCGUUACCUCUGACUGUUACAAAGCGCUGACACUGGAGACUCCUUCCAUAAACGUUACAUAAACAUCUGAAUCUGUUUAUUAUUAGCAGAGUUCGCUGUACGAGUCCCUGUGAAUGAGCUGUUACUAUAGAAACGAUAACGUAUUAGAACGAGGGCAUUAAUAUAAACCUGCACUACCGUCAGAGCUGCUGUUAUAGAAAACUAAUCAACACCUUCUGACCAAUCAGAGUCCAGGAUUCAGCAGCGCUGUGAAAUAACUGUGACGUGAUUUUAGAGGUUUAUUUUCUUACCUUCAUGUCAUUUUAUCAAAUCAAAUCACAUUUUGAUCCGUGCGCUUUUCCGUAACGUUUAAUUUUACGACUGUGACGUCCAUUUUGAAACGUUUCCUGAGUUAGAUUUUUGUCCAUUAAUGGUUUCUUCAGCUCGCGGAGUGUCUCUGUUAAUGGCUUUAAAAUCCCGUGCGGAGUAAACGGAGCGCAGAACGAGACAGAAGCCGUCGCUGUGACGGAGGAUGGAAGCGUUUUAGAGGAGAUCAGAGAUCAUUAUGCAAACAUCGCUUUAAAUAUUUCCUCUAACACACGAGUGAGGUUUUUGUUUUUUCUGGGGUUUUUUUAUGCUGGAAAUGUUGUAGUGAAACUCAAAAGUGUUUGUUAUUAUAGAAUUGUAUCGAAUCCUGUUUGUAAAAUGAAAAAGUAGUCUGUUUUUUAGAAUUAAACACUGGAAAUGUCCUGGAUUAUUGAUGAUGAUGAUGAU